AUGAAAAAAAUCCUACCAUAUAUUUCACCAUGGGGCAUGAUAGGAUUUCAUUACACUAUCAUAGUUAUAUUCAUUUCGAAGGGUCAUCAAUUCAUCAGAAACAUCGGAUCAGCGUUCUUGUGCUUUAUUCCAUUGACGCUGUAUUUUAUAAUUACAUGGUUCUCAUCAUUUUUCUUGGUUCGAUUUCUGACUAAUAGAAUGCAAAGAAAUAAAAAAUAUGUUACAGAGGAGGAAUUCAGCGAUUCAGACUACUGUGGAUGUGAAAAAGAAUAUUUACUUGCAGGCAAGGCAUAUGGUAAAAAUACAUGCGGAGCUAGUUAUGCCGUCACAAUGACACAAUGUUUCACAACAGCUUCAAACAAUUUUGAAUUAUCAUUGGCUGUCUCUAUAUCUUUGUAUGGGAACCGUAGCAAACAAGCUAUUGCAGCCACGUUUGGGCCGUUAUUGGAAAUUCCUAUACUUUUAGCUCUGGCAUAUUUUGCAAAAUAUCUGGAGCAUGCCUUUGUUUGGAGUGAUAUUAAAAAAGAAAGCAGUACUAACGCGGAUAACAGCGACAUUCAAACGCAAAUAGACAUCACUGAUCUUGGUGCUACGGCCAAGAUAUAA